CCCUGUAGUGGAUUAUGUGUAUAGUGGUGUGUCUAUAUAUACCGCGUGAGGCUGUAGCGGAAAUCAUUUGAGUUAUUUUGGAAAGAAAGUUAGGGAGAGAAAGUAGAGAGAAGGGAGAGAAAAUUUAAAAUAUUUGAGUGGUUUGGAAGAAUGGAGGAUGAACGGCGGUUGUACCGGCUCGACGGCGUUGCUCACGUAGCCGGAACCAUCGAUGCAGAGCCAACCCGAUGUGUGUAUAGCGUCCGUAGGCAACAGAAUAUGCCGUUACAGGAUAGGAUCAUACCUUACUUAGAGAGGGCUGGGUUGUACCACCUGGCUAGGCUGAACGCGCAUUGGUUCUGGUUGGAUGAACCUCUGGUCAGCGCAUUUAUUGAGAGGUGGCGGCUUGAGACCCACACUUUCCAUAUGCCAUUCAGAGAGUAUACUAUCAGAUUGUUUGGGAGCCUUACGCUUCGCUGGACAUACUGGCAGUCAUCCAUCCGGAGAUACUGAUCGAGGAGCACAGCCAGUUAUGGCGGGCUGUCACCAGCUUGAUCUACUUUGCAGUUAUUGAGUGGCAUCAGGUAGACAGGGUCUUCUCACAGCUAGGGGGCAUACAGCAUUUGCCUGAGCCAGUGCUCAACAUAGAGUAUCUUCAAAGUAAGGACUGCAGGGGUGGACUGGCGCUGGCUAGAUGACAUGAUGCAGGAGGAGCACGUUGGUGGUGAUGACGGAGGCCAGGCAGAUCAUCGCCUUCGUCGAUCUUCUGCUAGACGACGGGCUGCUCGUGGUGGAGGAGCACCUCCCGUCCACCACGAUGACGAGGCAGGAUCGUCCCGUUAGCACCCUACAGACGCUCAUGCUGGUGGCACCGCAGAGGCUAGUAUGGGUGGUACACUUUUUACCCACGUAUCUAGCUCUCAGGUACUACAUGGGUGUAGCACACAGCUGUUAGCCGAUCUUGCUACCACUUCUUUCACCAUGGAUUUGGACGAUCAGUUGGGUGGACCCCAGUUCUAUGCGGAUUUUGCUGAGAUCAUACGGGGUGACGACGUUCAUCAGUACCAGAGCCCGAUUCCAGGCGGCCCUUCAGACCCUACGGAGUAUAGGCCACAGCCAGCGGAUAUGGCUGAGACCCAGGUUCCUGAGACCCAGCUCCCGGUCGACUUGAAUGAGCCUGCAGGCAGCCCGUACGACACUUGGUUCGGGAUGGGGGGACGCCACCAUCUGCAUUUGGAGUUGGGGCACAGGAGGCUCGGCUGGGAGAUCGACGAGCGGCUAGGGUUAGGCGUCCGACUCGAUGUGGCACAGUCUCGCACCUACUUGGUCCAUUCGGAGGCGACCAUGAUGUUGACGGUGACCAGCAGUAGCGUCCGACUCUCUUAAUUUCCGGCAGUUAUCCAUGUAUGAAUUAUGACUUAUUUAUUUUCUGUUAGGGUUAACGACUUGUGACAGUUAUAUCUGUAUUAGUUAUGUAGUAG